UUGGUAUAUCCCUUGCCGAGUAUUUGAACCCUUCCCCCUCCUCUUCACUUGGCCAUACUUUCUUCCUCAAUUGGGCUAACCCAUUCACUUAGUUUGUUUGCAAAAACGGGAUACCUUUUGAACCUGAUACCCACUGGUAGUUUUCUUUUUCUCCAUUGUGGCUCUGAGUCAACCCCUUAGUUAUAUCACCUCGCCUCCCCUUCCACCCGGCCUGAUUUUCCUGCUCGAGAUUUCAGCAUCAUCUGGGGAACACAACAAGUCUAAGACCAACCUGACUUCCUUUCCAGUCUGUCUCAACUGCCAGGCAACACAAUUACCUUCCACCUCUAGGAGGACAACAAACAAAACCGCCGCUGCUUUCCUCUUUCUGUGGUGUAAUCGAAACACCACACUUCCAAGUCGUUGUACGAUCACCGUCAUACCAAACCGGAAUGACCAUCCACACCAAAUCCGCAACACCGUACUACCAGGACUCAACCACCAGGCCUCCGUCCUAGUGACAUCUCAUCCGCGCCUCAUUUGCCGUUUACAAAAAUCUCAAACCCGCAAUAUACCCUCCAGUCCCGCACAAAACCCACCCCUCCUUGCAAAGUCUCCAUGUCUUUCCGUGGAAAGUUUUAUUCACUACUCCAAACCUAGACCCCGAACAUCUCAGACCUUCUCUUAGCUAGCUUGAGAGAAGCUAACCCAAUACAACCUCUUCCUUGCCGGUGCGCAACUUUGCCUACCCCGGAGCGAUCCUCAAAUCGACCGCUAUCACCUAGCCAUAUCAUCAACCACUACAACCGGUUCAAUGUCGAUGGGGAUGGACCGCCUCGAGAAGAGGCUGGACCGGUUGGAGAGAUUUUUCCACAGAAAGAGGAAGCUGUCGCCGCGCAAGUCGGGCGCUAUCGAAAGUGGACCUUUCACAUCGCUGUCGCACUCGGCUUCAGCUCCAACUAUCCAAAAAUUUCCAACGCCAUCUUUCAUCAGACCGACCUCAACUCGCAUGCUGGCUAGGGAGGAGGUAACAUUGGCGCGCCAAAGUGCCCGACGCACAAAGAGCCUCCCCGAAUCUCCAAGCGAUCCCUAUAGUCCGUCCUUCUCGAACUCCGAGCAUGGACUCAGAACAGGAUUUACCCCCAGGCGGCGCAAUCAGGGCCCUUCAGUACCUCAGCGGUCUUCUUCCCUAGUCAGCAGACAAAUGGACGCCUCUCUAGCCGAACUUCUCGAGUUCAGUUUUUCCGGUCGCUCUACAAGGAGUCACGAUGAGCUAUCUGCUUUAUCUAUGCGCCGCUCGAGGUCCGGUCACAAGUCACCUUCACGCUCGACUUCCAUAUCGAUUUCUCCGCGAGCGCAGCCAGGCAGGAAACGCCAUCCCAGCCUACACAUCCACACACAUCUGCAGACGCCUUUGUCCUUAGCGCAGCAACAUAAAUCUUGUGAUUCAAUGCUUUCCCUGUCACCGACAUCUCUCUCGCAUGGGCAACUUACUCCGGCUGCCUCUCCAAGACUGAUCCCGCUCCCUGCUCCAGAACCCAACGAGCUGCAUGAAAUUACCUUGUCGCCGUCGAGAAGCCCUCCAAGUCGGACUGCGACACUUGUCUGCAAAAAGCCCGUCUCGGAGUUGAAGACUCCGGUCAGCGGCCUUAGCACAGAAAGAUCUGCCCCUUCCAUCAGGAUCAACACCAUUCUCCGGGAACCAAGCUUCAAUGACUUCUUGGCCCUUAGCGAUGAUGAUAUCGCUGAUGAUCUUGCCAACGAGCAAUCGCUGUCGCAGACAAGUUACAUAACGUCUUCGGGGUCAUCAAGCUACGAUCUGCCGCUGAAUCGUUUCGCUUCAAUUUCCUCUCCGCACAUGGUGAGCGAUCACCCCCUGUUGACACUUUCUCCUCCUCUGGCCAGCAAGCCUGCUACUACAGCAGCCUUUGAAGCUGCUCGGAUUGCGUCAAAAUAUCACUUUGACCUUGUGUAUGUGGUCAACCUGUGGCCCAGUCGGAAUGGCUCUAUUCAGUCUACCGGUUUCUCAAAGAGGUCAUCCAUGUCAUCGCUUUCGACCUCCACAACCCUUCUCAACUCUCCUUCGUCCCCUAGCGCAUCGUUUUCCGCCAUAUCGACAGAAGAAAACCUCGGACUGCUGUUUCCGCUACCCUCUGAAUAUCGACCUAUGACUGGUCGUUUGUUGGCCGCGUACGGGCUACAUUCUCUCAUGAGCCCGUUCCGUAUCUCAGCACCGGUCCACCGCAAGAUCCUCGAAUCUGAUCACUGGUUGGAAUAUCGCAGCGACGAUGCGGCUAAGAAUGAAUUCGCUGAAGGUUAUAGCUGUUCGUUCUACACUGGUUGUACUUAUCCAGGUCCUUUCAGCGUGCUUGGCGAGAAGGCAGGCAGGCAUGGUGGCGUCAAGAACCACGGAAUUGUAUUUGCGGCAUAUCGCCUGCCGCAGAAUGCCGCUACCAUAAGCGGAAGUAGCGUGGAGGAGCUGAAGGAGCUCCGCAAGGAUGCCGAAGCGCUGGUGAAUCUGGCACUCGAUACCUAUACGGAUCACAAAGAGAAACGGGGAGACGGGACGUGGAGGUGUACCCUGGAUGACGAUAAGAUCGUGCCAGUGGUCAGUCGACAGUUGCUCGUGCGUUAAGACCCGAGAAUUUCCUAUCACCAUUUGUCCUCGAACAGAGAGGGUCACAUGUUUUCAAGGUUAUCCAACAAACAAAAGAGAAUCAAAAAUACUGCCUGGUCUUACAAUUGAGGUCCUGUGGGGAUAUCGACAAGGCUGUCGAAACUCCCAUCGUUUCUGUUCAUCUACGCAACAUCAUUUUCCCUGGUCGGCAAUUUACUAGGGCAUGAGGUUAGGAAAACUCAAAAGGCGCAAGGGCGCGGGCAUGUAUGUAUGAAUUAAUGAAAAGACGAUGUGCGAUACCCAAUCAAAAUAAUGACAAAUACAUAGUUAAUC